AUGAAUUUUUAAAUUUUGGGCAAGAUAAAUCAAAAGAUGACAUGGAUUGUAGGCAUAACAAUAACUACAAUUGUAGGGAGUUUGUUAUUUUGGAAAAGGCAACCAAAAUUGAAUUAAGAAAGUGAUGUAUCUGAGAACUCACAGGAAUUCAAAGAGGCUGCUAAAAAAGGCAGAACUUUAGUAGGGCUAAGUUAACCAGAUCAAUUAUUGCUAUAUAGUUUAUAUAAAUAAGCAACUGUGGGUGAUUGCAAUAUUCCAGAGCCCAUGCGUUUAUAUCUAUAAGAUCAUGCUAAAUGGACAGCAUGGUCUAAGUGUAAGGGAAUAAAUAAAGCAGAUGCAGAGAAAUUAUAUAUUAAAUAAAUAGAAGAAUAUAUAGAAAAUGGAGUUGAAUGCAAUAAUGGUAGUGUUUAGAAUUCAUAAUUUGGAAUGAAAGUUAGUACAAUGAAGAAUGCAGAACAUGAUACUAAUGAAGCAUUCAUAGAGAAGAUUAAUAAAACAGGAUAAAAAAUUGAAUAAGUUUUUGAACUGAAUGAGAAAGAAUAAUAAAUAUUUUAAGAGAUUUUAGAUUCACUUCAUAACACUGAUAGAUUGAGUGAAUUACUGAAGGUUCACAAUGAAGUGAAAUAUUUGUAAUGUGAAAAUGAACAAUAAAUAAAAUUGAUUCAUGUUGUUGUAGAUGAUGAUAAUAUUGAAGCAUUAAAAUUAUUGAUUCCUUAUUAUAAAUAGAAUAAUUUGAUAAAUAUUUAAGAAAGUGUAUCUGGAAUGACGGCAUUACAUUAUGGUUGUCUUUCAGGAAAUAAAGAAAUUGUAGAAUUGUUAUUAAAAAAUGGAGCUGAUCCAAAAAUAAGAGACUUUUCUGGAAUGGAUUGUUUUGAAACAAUAGAUGGUGAAAAUAAAGAAUGGUUAGAUUAAUUGUGAUUAUUAAUUGUGAUUAUAAUAAGUAAUAAAAUAG